AUCUAAUAGUGGUUAACUCAGACACAAAAUGAUAUAGUAUCUCAGCAGGGCAGGCAGCAUCUCUGGAGAGAGGCAUUAGGUUAAGGCCCUUCUUCAGUCUCUCGACCCCAAACGUCACCAGUUCCUUCUCUCCAGAUGCUGCCUGUCGAACUGAGUUGCUCCAGCGUUUUUUAUCUUCGGUUUAAACCGACUACCCAAACAGAAAAUGACGUGUUGUUUUCCUGUGACUCAAUCUGGUAAUGGAGGCCCAAGACAGAAAGGUCAGUUUGGGAAAGGGAGGAGUUGUUAUAAUGGUUUGCAACCGGGAGUUCAAGUUGGCGUAAGUGUUCAGCGAAGUGGUAGCUGGAUAUGUCAGCCACUUCCAUGGCGUCCUAUUUACCCAGAAGGAUCUACGGCCCAGAACUCGCUCUAUGUUGCAGGCGAUACCAAGCGCGCAGGCGCGGGGAGCCCGGAAGUGGGUGCGGCCAAGGCGCGCAUGCGGUCCGUGGACAAAAGACUCCGGAGGAUCGGCGGCGGGGUAGAAGAAGCAGAGGAUUGAUGUUCAGGAAUCUCUAACUCGCUUAUUUCACCGGCGCCUGAACGUGUGGGAGGAUUCACUGCGUCAGCUGAUCCGCCCGGACGCCAGACAGGUCACGGCAUGGAGAAAUUACUCGCCAGCUCUGAGUGUGGGCAGGGAUUAAACCAAUCUUCCCACCUGUUGACCCGACAGCAAGUUCACACUGUGGAGAAACCGUUUACUUGUCCCGAUUGUGGGAUGGGAUUCACUGGAUCGUACCAACUGAAGAGGCACCAGCGUAUUCACACAGGAGAGAGGCCGUUCACUUGCUCUGAAUGUGGGAAGGGAUUCAUUGGAUCAUCUAAGUUGCUGCUACACCAGAGAAUUCACACUGGAGAUAGGCCGUUUGGCUGCUCUGAGUGUGGGAAGAGAUUCAUUGAAUCAUUUGAGUUACAGUUACACCAGCGAAUUCACACUGGAGAGAGGCCAUUCACUUGCUCUGAAUGUGGGAAGGGAUUUACUCGUUCAUCUCAGUUACUGAGACACAAGAUACUUCACACGGGGGUGAGGCCGUUCACCUGCAUUGAGUGUGGGAAGGCAUUCUUUCACCCAUCUGCGUUACUGAGACACCAGAGAAUUCACUCUGGAGAGCGGCCGUUCACCUGCUCUGAGUGUGGGAAGAAAUUCACUCAAUCUUCUAACCUGAAGACCCACCAGCGAAUUCAUGCUGUGGAGAACCCAUUUGCCUCUCCCAACCAUGGGUAGGGUUUCACCAGUAAGCCUAACCGGUGACCCUCCCAGAGAAUUCAUGCUGGGGAGAGAGCAUUCACCUGUUUAGUGUGUGGGCUGGGAUUUACUCGAAUAUCUGAACAAUUGAUACACCAGCUCGUUCACACUAGGGAGAAAGUUUAAAUACGUUUCUGGUUUGUUUAGAGUACGCGCGCCGACCAACGAUUCCCGCAUAUUAACACUAUCCGUCACCCACUAGGGACAAUUUUUUUACACAAGCCAAUUAACCUACAAACUUGUACGUCUUUGGAGUGAGGGAGGAAACUGAAGAUCUCGGAGAAUGUAUGUAUGUGUACAUAAAAAUAAUUUGCCUUUGUUGUUAAAUCCUGUUGCGUCCACAAGUGACUGCUGGUGUUGGACUAUGGUUACUGCUGAUAUAUUUCUACACAUAUCGUAGAUAUGUGACAAUAGUGCUGGAGUAACUCAGUGGGUCGGGCCUCUUUGUUUCUGGAAUGCCAGUUGCCCUUUAAUAUUUUGGAUUGGUGUAAAAUAAAUCAGUUCUGCUUUAAA